UAAAAGAUGUCAAAGAACGUAGAGGAUAUUUACAAGAUGGUUUCAUAGGUUGAACACAUUUUAUUGAGACCUGAUACUUACAUAGGGAGUGUUGAGAUAUCAGAUUAAGAAUUAUGGAUCUGUGAAGAUAGUGAUUAGAUAAGUUUUAAAUUAGAGGAAUUUAGUUAUUGUUAAGGAUUAUAUAAGAUAUUUGAUGAGAUAUUGGUGAAUGCAGCAGACAAUUAUUAGAGAGAUAAAUCUACAGAUAGAAUAUCUGUGACAAUAGAUAAUGAUAGUAUAAUGAUAGAGAAUACUGGAGCAGGUAUUCCAAUAUAAAUACAUAAAUAAUACAAUAUAUAUGUGCCAGAGAUGAUAUUUGGAAGAUUAUUGACAUCUUCUAAUUAUGAUGAUUCAGAAUAGAAAGUGACAGGAGGUAGAAAUGGUUUUGGAGCAAAGUUAGCAAACUUGUUUAGUUCUUAUUUUAAAGUAGAAACGAUUCAUCAACAUAAGAAGUUUACAAUGAUUUGGACAGAAAAUAUGAAGAAACAUACAUAACCAGAGGUAACAAAUACAAAUGAAAAGCCAUAUACAAGGAUAACAUUUAAGCCUGAAUUAAAUAAAUUUUAGAUAGAUAGAUUAUAGGAUAUAGUACCAUUAUUGAAUAAACGAGUGAUAGAUUUGGCAGGUAUAUUACCCAUAGCUGUGUAUUUGAAUGGAAAGAAGGUGGGAAUAAAUAAUUUUAAGGAUUAUGCAUAAUUGUAUGGUAUAAAUGGGAAAUUUGCAUAUGCAUCUUAGAAUAAGCCAUAUAAAUGGGAGGUAUUAAUAAGUUCAUCAGAUGGUUAAUUUGGUUAGGUAUCAUUUGUAAAUUCAAUAAAUACAAUAAGAGGGGGAACACAUGUUAAUUAUGUAGUUGAUUAGAUAGUAGAAGGUUUAUUGGUUCAUAUAAAGAAGAAGUAUAAAGAGAUGAAGAAUAUAAAACCAUUUUAAGUAAAGAGUUUUAUAAGAAUAUUUUUAAAUUGUUAGAUAGUGAAUCCUGCAUUUGAUUCUUAAACGAAAGAGACAUUAACAACGAAAGCAUAGAAAUUUGGAAGUACUUUUGAAGUAAGCGAGAAAUUUAUAGAUGAAAUAAUAAAAAAGACAGAGAUAAUAGAUAAUGUUAUAUUAUAAGCGAAAUCUAGAUUAAAUAAAUAAUUAAGCAAAUAAUUAUCAGCUAAAAAAUAAUAGAGAUUAUUAGGAAUAGAUAAAUUAGAAGAUGCAAAUGAUGCAGGUACUAAGAAUGCUGAUUUAUGUACACUGAUAUUGACAGAAGGAGAUUCAGCCAAAUCAUUAGCAAUGGCUGGAAUAGAAAUAGUAGGAAGAGAUAGAUUUGGAGUAUUUCCAUUAAGAGGUAAAUUAUUAAAUGUUAGAGAUGCAUCAAUUUAAAUGAUAAUGAAAAAUGCAGAAAUAGAAUAAUUAGUUAAAAUAAUGGGUUUAUAAUUUAAUAAGAAUUAUGAUAAUACAAAAUCUUUAAGAUAUGGAUCAAUAAUGAUUAUGACUGAUUAAGAUCAUGAUGGACAUCAUAUUAAAGGUUUAAUUAUUAAUUUUAUUGAGAAAUUCUGGCCUUCUCUAUUUAAAAUGAAAGGUUUCUUAAAAUAAUUUGUAACUCCAAUUAUAAAAGUAACAAGAGGUAAAGAAUGUCAUAGUUUUUUUUCAAUUGGAGAGUAUAAAAAAUUCAUAAAUGAAAAUCCAAGAGGAGAUUAUAAAGUUAAAUAUUAUAAAGGUUUGGGUACAUCAACAGAUUCAGAAGCUCAAUAAUAUUUUAGUAAUUUAACAUUACAUCGUAAAGUUUUUACAUAUUCUGAUUAAACAGAUUCUGAUUAUAUAGAUUUAGUAUUUUCAAAAAGUAAAGCUGAUUAAAGAAAAGAAUGGUUAUCGGAAUAUUCAUGGAAAUAAGUAGAAGAUACUCUUGAUUACAAUAAACCAACAGUAAGAUAUAGAAAUUUUGUGACUGAUUGUUUAGCUAUGCAUUCAAUAAGUGAUAAUUUAAGAUCAAUACCUUCUAGUAUAGAUGGACUGAAACCUACAUAGAGAAAGAUUAUACAUACAUUACUUAAUCAUAAUAAAUAGGAAUAUAAAGUUAGUUCUUUAAGUGGAUUAGUAACUACUUAUGCUUAAUAUCAUCAUGGAGAAUAAUCCCUUUAAUAAACAAUAAUUGCAAUGGCAUAGAAUUUUACUGGAUCUAAUAAUAUUAAUUUAUUAUUACCAAUAGGUUAAUUUGGUACUCGAUCUAUGGGUGGUAAAGAUGCUGCAUAGGCUAGAUAUAUUAGUACUAAACUUAAUUCUCUUACCACUAAAUUAUUUAUAGAAGAUGAUUUACAUACAUUAAAUUAUUUAGAUGAAGAAGGAUAUACUGUUGAACCAUUCUGGUUUACUCCAAUCUUACCACUUGUAUUAAUUAAUGGAGCUGAAGGUAUUGGAACUGGAUGGUCCACUUAAGUACCUAAUUUCAAUCCUAGAGAAAUAUCAUAAUAAAUCUAAAGAAAACUUAAAGGUGAAGAUUUUGAAGAAUUAGUACCUUGGUAUAAAGGUUUUACAGGUACUAUCACUUCUGGAACUAAUCAAUAUAUUGCUAAAGGUUCAUAUAUUUAACAUAAAAAUCAUAUCUAUAUAACUGAGAUACCUCCCAAAAAAUCUAUUAAAGAAUAUUAAGCAUUUAUUUAGUCUAAAAUGGAAAUCUAAGAUGGUAAAUCAGAACCAGAAAUCUUAGAUUUUAAAGAAUAUCAUGCUGGUAAUAAAGUUUGUUUUGAAUUGAAAGUUAAUGAUGAUGUCUUAAAAUAAGAUCUAGAUAAAUAUUUUAAAUUAACUACUACAAUUGCAAUGACUAAUCUCGUCUUAUUUAAUCAUAAUGGAUUACUUAAACGAUAUUCUAAUAUUACAGAAAUUUUAGAAGAAUUCUAUCAAACUAGAAUUAAAUUCUAUUAACUUAGAAAGUAAUACUUACUUUCUAAAUAUUAAAACGAAUUAUAAUUAGUCUAAUCUAAAUCCAAAUUUAUUGAAGCUAUGAUAGAUAAUUCUAUCCAAUUAAGAGGAUUAAAAAAAAUUUAAAUGUGUAAUAAACUUUAAUCACUUGGAUUCAAAGGAAUUAGUUAACUUGAAUAAAUUACAAGUACUAAAAUAUCAAAAGAAAUUGACAUUGAUAAUUUAGAAAAAUAAUAUGAUUAUCUUUUAAGUAUGCCUAUGUGGAAUUUUAGUGAAGAAAAAAUAACUGCAUUUAAAUCAUAAAUUAAAUCAUUGUAAGAAUAAAUUAAUACACUCAAUAAGAAAACUCCAGAAUAAUUAUGGUCCGAUGAUAUUGAUGAUUUCUUAGCUGAAUUAAAUAAAGUUGAAGAUCAAGAAACUUAAGAAACUAUUAAAAGAGUUGAAAAAAAUGCUGAAAAAUUAUUAAAAGGUGGUUCAAACUAUUUAAAAACACUUGUAUUAAAAGGAAAAGAUGAUUAUACUCAAUAAGAGGAUGAUUAUGAUUCUGAAUCUGAUAAUGAUGGUCCAUCAAGAAAUCCUAAAAUAUUAAAAAAAGUUAUUCAAGAAUUUUCUAAUUUUGGUAUAAAAUCAUAAAGAGAACCUCCUUAAUCAAAAUUUAAAAUAUAAUUAGAAAAAUAAACUAAAAAAAAAGAUAAUUAAGAUGAGAAUAAAAGUGAAAAACCUAUUUCAAUGGAUUUAGAAAAUGAUACACCAAAGAGAAAUAAAAAAUUUAUAGAUAGUUAAAGUGAAGAUGAAAAAAUUGAUCUAAAAAAGAAAACAAGAAAAAAUAAUCAAUAAAAUGAUAUUUCUGAUAUUUAAGUAUAGAAUAAAGAUUCUGAACUCAAUAAAUUUGAAAAUAAAUCUAAUAAAGUUGAAUCCAAAUUAUAAAAAGCUGAUUAAAAAAUUAUCAAACCUACAAGAACUAAAAAAAUUGUACCUUAAAUGGAUUCAGAAUAAAAAGCUUCUGAAAUUAAAAGAAAAGCAGAACUAGAAAUCGCAGAAGAAGAUUAGAAAUUAAUUGAAUAAGAAAAAAAAGAAUUAGAAAAAUAAAGAGUACCUGUUGAUUCUUUGAAAGUUCCAAUUUAAGAUAAAGAAGAAAUGGAUCUUUUCUAAAAAUAUGGAUUUGGAGAUUUAAUGAAAAAAUAUCUCACUAAAGAUAAUAAUCCUAUUCCAUCAUUAGCUGAUAGAAUACUCUAAAGAACAAAAUAAGGAGAAAUUAAUUUUGAUUAAAUCAUUGCUGAUAAAAAAUAAGAAAGUGCAAUCAAAUAAAAAGAAAAUUAAGAUUCAGAAAAUGAUGUUGAAGAUAUCUUAUAAUUAGAUUUAAGUUAUGAAUCUGAAAUUAAAUAAAAAGAAAAACCAACUAAACCAACUAAACCAACUAAACCAACACCAAAAUCUACUGAUGAAAGAAAAUCAGCUAAAAAGAGUAUUGAGUAAUUAUAAUAAUAAAAUACAACCACUCCUGCUAAACGAAAGCAAAGAAAAUAAAUAAUUGAAUCAAGUGAUGAAGAACCUUUAAAUAGAAAAUUAAAAAAAAAAUGAGAAAAUG